GCCCCUGACCUGUCUGCGAGAGGUGUAUGCCGCAAUUCCUCUACAAGCACAGAAAAGAAGCAGUGGACUCUGCAGCCGAUUGUCGCAAGAAUGCAGGAUGGGAGGAGGGAGGGGGCAGCGGGAGGAAGGCGUGAGACGCGGGACCCAACACCACAGGAUGGUUGGGAAAAACAGGGCAGAGCAGAAGUGCAACACGCUGGAGCGCGUGGGCAGGCGAAAACGCACGCCGAUUGCCGCAUUGCGGGAAUGGCGGCCUACCAACAAUCACUCUCGAAUCACGUAUUGAUAUUGCGCAGCAGGAGGAGGAGGAGGAAGAAGAAGAGACGAGACAAAAUCUACCACAACCUCUCGCCAGCUGCGGGCUCGCGAAUGCGCAUCAGGACGUAGCUGCAUAUGACGUGAGAGCCAUGCGCUGCUGACACUCACGGGAAGGAGUAGACGCUUCCUCGUGGUCAUCCUCGCCCAGGAGUCGACCGACGGGAAACCCAGCACGAUCGAGAUGUUUGACGUAUAAAUUGAGACCCGCCGUCGUGCCCCCUGGCACGUGGAGGCGUGGAAGAAUGCCGAGUGCUGCCUGGUGAG